AUGAACGUAUUGUUCUGGAAUUGUUGGGGGAUUUGUAAUCCUUCCACACGGCGUUCUUUGAAGAUUUUGAUCUCACAGCACAAACCGAAAUUGGUGUUCUUGAUUGAAACUAAAAUCAGAGACGCAGAUGAGUUCGAGCGACUGCGAUGCAACCUAGGGUUUGAUCAUGUAGAGGGUGUGAUGAGCGUUAGGCUGGCAGGUGGUCUGGGUUUAUUCUGGAAUGAAGACGUGAAGAUCCAGAUCCGGCAGCCUUCAACGGCUCGUUUUAUUGCUGCAGUGGUAGAGGAAGGAGAUGGUCUUAUGCGGUGGCGCUUCACGGGGUUUUACAGUAAUCCAGGGGCCGCUGAUAGGCACGAAUCUUGGGAUAUCCUUAGGGCUUUGAGUGAUGGUGACAAUCUUCCGUGGGUAGUAUUUGGCGACUUUAAUGAAAUUAUGUUGGCAUAUGAGAAAUUGGAUGGUGGACCGCGACCGGAGAGCCAAAUGCGUGGGUUCUGGGAGGCUCUGGGAUAUGCAGAAUCGGUAGACCUGGGGUUUUAUGGGUGUCCAUAUACUUGGAGUGAUUCGGAGACGAAGGUUAGAUUGGACAGGGUGGUUGCUACAGCGGAAUGGUCAGACAGCUUCAUCCAUUCUCAGGUCAUCCAUUUACCACCUAGCAAGUCAGACCAUAUUCCGAUUUUGUUAUGUAUUAGUGCAGUUCCUAUUAUCCAGAAGAGGAGAUAUCAUAGGUUCCGGUUUGAAUCAAUGUGGUUGCAACAUGAGGGCGGUCAUGAGACUGUUCAGCAGUAG